AUGUCGUCCUACCACUACACCUCGGAAACCCCCGCAGAAGUAAAAGAUGCGAAGGGUUUGCAUCUGAUCACGCAAAACACGCCCAACGGCCAAGCCGUCCAGAUCUUUCUCGAGGAGCUUAAAGACGUGUACGGCACAGAAUGGACAACCAGCGUCAUCGACAUAUCCACCAACGUCCAGAAAUCAGACUGGUUCCUCCGCCUCGAUCCGAACGGCCGCAUUCCCGUUUUGGUAGACAACACGCAAUCGCCCCCCUUCGCCGUGCACGAGACCUCAGCCGAGCUCUUCUACCUCCUCAAAUUCGCCGACAAACAGGACAAAUUCGGCUUCGCGGAUGAUCUCGAGCGCAAUCAGGCGCUGCAGUGGACCUUCUUCUGGCACGGCAGCGGCGCCCCGUAUCAAGGGCAGGUCAAUCAUUUCUCUCGCGCGGCGCCAGAGAAGAUUCCAUAUGCGAUUAACAGGUUUAGAAAUGAGACACUGCGCGUCUUUGGUGUGCUCGAGAUUCAUCUUUCUGGAAAGUACAGCGGCGAGCCGCGUGAGUACCUUGCUGGCAAUGGAAAGGGCAAGUACAGUGUCGCGGACGUGAAGACGUGGCCGUGGGUCAAGAACUGGGAGAGAAGCGGGUUCACGAAGGAGGAGGUUAGCGCGUUCCCGCAUCUGCUGAAGUGGGUCGAUCGGAUUGCGGAGAGACCCGCAGUUCAGAGGGGAAUUGGAGAGGCGUACACGAAGAAGACGAUUUAA